GCCGCCCGCCCAGCGCUUCCCCGGCCCGCGUCUUCCCCGGUGCCGCGGGGGGGCCGCACCGCCUCCCUCGGCCGCCUAUAUAGGGACAGCGGCGGUGGGCGGCAGGGCUGCCCGGGCGGGCGGCGUGCUGUGGUUUGAGGCUUGGAUUUGCUUUGGAAGUAACAGAGCAGUUGUUGCCUCCCUGUAUCUACGUGCUGUUUAUAAUCUGCUAGUAUUAUUACAAAUAGGAAAAAAAUAGGAGAGAAGGUGGGGAGUCAAGAUAGGGGGAUAUAUUCCUGCCACUUGAUGGAAACUAUGCUUCUGUAAUCAAUAGAAAGGAGACAAGUAUCUGGACACCUGCCAGGAAACUGGGAGACUUCACGCUGAAAUAGCUGUUAAAUAAGUGUGAAGCAUGAGGAUCAACUCUGCUGUUCAGGCUGCUAUUGACCUCACAGCAGGAGCUGCAGGAUAUGGAGGUGAAGCACGUGACCUCAGCCAGUGUUGUAACUGCAUCACUAUCACUCGUCCCUGGUGAAACCCCUGUCAGACAGUGAUGGUGUAACCCUUAUUUCAGACUAAUAAUUUUCCAGGAGGAGGUGGAACAGCAUGCGUGGUGACUGGCCAGCCCUUUGACACUGCGAAGGUGAAGAUGCAGACAUUCCCUGACCUGUACAAAGGAAUUGUUGACUGUUUUGUGAAAACUUAUAAGCAAGUGGGGUUUCGAGGCUUCUACAAGGGAACCACACCAGCGCUUGUAGCCAACAUUGCGGAGAACUCCGUUCUGUUCAUGUGCUAUGGAUUUUGCCAACAAAUUGUGAGAAGAAUUGUUGGAGUAGACAGGAAAACAAAGCUCAGUGAUCUGCAGAAUGCUGCUGCAGGCUCCUUCGCCUCUGCCUUUGCCACCCUUGUCCUCUGCCCAACGGAGCUGGUGAAGUGCCGGCUGCAGGCCAUGCACGAAAUGCAGUUGUCAGGAAAGAUAAUCCAGGGACACAAUACAGUUUGGUCAGUAGUGAAGGGUGUUAUUCAAAAGGAUGGUCCCCUUGGAUUUUACCGUGGUCUGUCAAGCACUUUGCUGCGGGAAGUCCCAGGCUAUUUCUUCUUCUUUGGAGGGUAUGAACUGAGCCGGACAUUCUUUGCCUCUGGGAGAUCAAAAGAUGAAUUAGGUCCCAUUCCGUUGCUACUAAGUGGAGGUUUUGGAGGCAGCUGUCUGUGGAUUGCUGUGUAUCCUGUGGACUGUGUCAAAUCUAGAAUUCAGGUUCUUUCAAUGGCUGGAAAACAGACGGGCUUUAUGGGAACAUUUGUGACUGUUGUGAGAACAGAAGGUGUACUUGCCUUGUAUUCUGGACUAAAGCCAACUAUGAUCCGUGCAUUCCUGGCCAAUGGGGCACUAUUCCUUGCUUAUGAGUACAGCCGGAAACUUAUGAUGCAACAAAUAGAUUCUUACUGAUACCUUCUAGCAGAUGGAGAACAAAAGGUUGUGUGAGGAUCACUUUAAUAAUCAAAAAUGUGUAGAUCACAUCAUGGUCUGAGCAGGGCCAAAUCAGUGACCUGAUUUUAGGAACUCCAGUUUAGGAUUUGUAAUCUUUUAAAUACAGGUGAUUUUAGAGAGAUGUGUACAUGCUGCUUGAAUUGGACCAGCAGAACUAUCUCCAUCUUGCAGAUUCUGUGCUAGGUACAUUGCAUGUCAUAAAUGGUAUUUUCCUGACCUGUAAUGGUGCUAAAAUAACUUCUGUUGACCUGUUGGGUUUGGUGUAACAUGCAGUGGUAGGCUAUGAUUUAAAAUCCAUGCUGUGGUGGUGAACUUUCCAAGUGGUUGCUGGCAAGCGUCUGACUCAAACUAAUGGCAGUCCUGUCUGAUCUUGCUGAGAAUGACUAACUGACACAUAUCCCUCAGCUAGACCCCUGCGCUUUUCCAGCUCCCUUCUGCUCUGUGACUUUCCAAGGUCAUGGCACUUGGUGACUGACUUGUGACCUCUGUCCCAUGAAUGGACUUAUACAAGGUAGGGAGUGAACACUUCCUACUUUAAUGACUCAGAGGUGAGAUAUGCCUGCUUUUGACAUAAAAACACAUGGUUACUGGAUUUAAGGAGUCUAGGCAGUGUUUUAUUAUUUUCUAAAUCCAAGAAGUGCUGGACUACACCAAGCACCACUGAAUUAAAUACUUAACAUAAGGGCGACUGCUGGAAAUGUCUGCUGGCUCUGAGCACAGAAUUGUAACUUUGUGUAGGCUCCUGUUUGGGGUCACCUUGACAUGAAUGAGUCCAUGUGCUUGAAGGGCGGGAAGCUGGAGAGGAGCAGAAAGCCAGAACUGAGUUCUUAGAGACAACUGACACCAUGGUCUCCAUGGCGUAGUGCUUGCUUGUGCUGGAGUUCUGCCCCAAGCUGUGUCUCCUCAGCUGAGUGGAAAAAGCUCAUGUGACCGGAUAGUUCAUGUCACCCUCAGGCCUGGAGGGCAUGUGUGCUUGGUCAUGUUACUUGAUUAAAUGUGCAGUUAGUCAGUGUUACCCAAAAUGACGCAGUAACACCUAUUUCUAGCUACCACUGUCUUUAAGUAGCGUGUUCUUUAUACAAGCAUGCUCUCCCUUAUAAGCAGCAGCUACUGCUUAUCCUGAGAGAAGGCAAAUCAGGUCUCGGUAGCAACACAGUUCAAGACUCAGGCCUGGAGUUGUACAGAGGGAUGUUGUCUGUGUGCUGUAAGUGACAACCCACCCUUGUGGAGGGCACAGAACAGGCUGCCCCCUGGGAUCAGCAGAGAUCUUUGACCCACUGAGAUCAUCAGAGCUACACAGAGAUUAGCAACUUGUCACAGCAACCACAGCUUAGCUGUGACUGUCAUCAGUCACUGACCAGUUUUGCGUGUUACAGCUUCCCCUUCAGAUCCAGACACAGGUAAAAGCUUUAGCCAUAGAUGAAAGCAUCUCGGUACCUACUGCCUCUCGCAGCAGAGCCAGGGUGCACUUAAACUGCCUACUGCACUGCAUUGUUACAGCCCCUUUGACGAAAGGUGAUUGCUGGAGUUCCACAAACUCUUCUUGCUUCCCCAGCUUUCACACACAGCAAGAACUGCUUAUCUCCCUUUCAUACACCCCUGAGAACAGUUACAAGCAGAGCAGGGCUGAAGAAUCUUCUGUUUAUUGCAACAAUUUACCUUGAGUGACUGGCACACCGGGACAGUAAUACUGUGCAUUGUCAGUACUUUAAAAGGAAUUUAUGCCAAAUGUUUAAAUAAUUCAGGUGGGAGGCUUUAAGAGUUGUUAGAUUUCCCCUUCUUUUCAAAGUUGUCUACCCAAGAGAAAUAGUAUAUUUGUACAUGUUUCUAAUAGUUAUGAAAAGGCAAGGACUCACUCCACAUCAGUGGAAUACUUCAAUCUAUUUCUUAGAUUUGUCUUUGCUUUCAUUUUUUAAAGCUCAUGGUUGCAGUUUUUAAUAUAAAAGUUGAAGCUUCAAAAGAAGCAAGAUACUUAGAACUGAACCCACAGCAAGAAGCUGGGGGCUGAAGUAGACAUGCAUUUUGAGACUUUACCUUUUGAAGUUGAUAGGAGCAGUAAUUUUUUCCAUUCACAGCUGCUUAAGCUGUACACAUGUAUCAGUUGUUCAGCUAAGAACGUCAUAAUGUUGGAAUAGGAAUUCAUGGGAAUAAAGUUUGAUUUGAUUAACUGA